UUGUGUGCGUUCGUCCUCACUCACUGGUCGUGCACCUGUCUUUAUUCCUCCUCAACUUCUGCAGCAAACAUGGCCACAGCUGGUAAGGUGAUCACGUGUAAGGCAGCAGUGGCCUGGGAGCCCAACAAGCCUUUGGUGAUUGAGGACAUAGAGGUCGCUCCGCCACAGGUCGCUGAGAUCCGCAUCAAGAUUGUAGCGACAGCUGUGUGUCACACGGACCUUUACUACCUGUUAGAGAGCAUGCCUAAAGAUGGAUUCCCAGCAGUCCUUGGCCAUGAGGCAGCUGGCCUUGUAGAGAGUGUCGGGCCUGGAGUGACUGAGUUUCAGUCAGGAGACAAGGUGAUUCCUCUGUUCCUCCCGCAGUGCAGACAGUGUCGCUUCUGUAAAAGCCCAAAGACCAACCAGUGUGAACUGGGAGUGGAUGCCGGUCACGGUGACGUGAUGGGACCAGAGGACUCCAGGUUAACAUGUAAGGGAAAGAAGUUGGUGCCGUUUGCUGGAACCAGCACCUUCUCAGAGUUCACUGUGGUCAACCAGAUUUCUGUGGCUAAGAUUGACCAUGCUGCUCCUCUGGACAAAGUCUGUCUCCUCGGCUGCGGCGUCAGCACUGGAUUUGGAGCAGCGGUGAACACUGCUAAGGUGGAACCAGGCUCCACAUGUGCUGUGUUUGGCCUGGGAGCCAUAGGUUUGGCUGCAGUCAUGGGCUGCAAGUUUGCCGGAGCCAAGAAGAUUUUUGCUGUUGACAUCAAUCCAGACAAGUUUAAGAAAGCCAAGGACUUUGGUGCAACGCACUUCCUGAACCCCAAGGAUUAUGAUAAACCUAUCAGUGCAGUGCUGGCUGAGCUGACCGCUGGAGGAGUGGACUAUGCUCUGGAAUGUGUCGGCAAUGUUGGAGUGAUGCGCAGUGCUCUGGAAUCAUGCGUGAAAGGCUGGGGCGUCUGUGUGCUGGUCGGCUGGACGAACAUGCACGACAUCACUACCCGACCCAUUCAGCUCAUAGCUGGACGCACAUGGAAAGGCUCCUUCUUUGGGGGGUUUAAGGGUCGUGAUGGCGUGCCUGACAUGGUCAAAGCCUACCUGGACAAGAAGGUGAAGCUGGAUGAGUUUAUUACUCACAACAUGACCUUGGCCCAGAUCAACGAUGCCAUUGAACUGAUGAAACAGGGCAAAUGCAUCCGGACCGUCAUGAGUGUUUGUCCACAAUGAGACUGUGAUGAUGUUUUCAGUGAAGCCAACAUCUGAAAACAAUCUGCAUGAUUUCAUGUGUUUCCAUUUGUUUCACGGUGGUUUGGAUGAAGCACAUUACAGCUUUGUUACAAAGGGUUUAUGUAGCUUGUGAAUCAAAUGGUUAAUGAGCAGUAGCUUUGUUGUACUCACUCUCACAUAUCAUAAAGACCUUCAAUCAUCAGGACCUUCAACUCUAUAAUGUGCACGUUGAGCAUUCAUGUCACCAAACAUUUCACAUGUCAAUGGAAUAAAAUAAAUAGUCUUCUGCACCAUGUCA